AUGCCUGAAGAUAAAAGCUUUUGCUUGUAUCAAAGUUUGCACUUGUUUUUGGAUUGGGCAGAACCAAAGCCAGAAGAAGAAGCUUGGAACGUGACCGCUCUCAAUCAAAGAAGCAGCAAUGCCGGGUAUGGAGCUGCUAAAAAUGAAUUGCCUAUCACUUUGGCACCUUUACCCACGGUGGAUCAACUUGGCAAAGAGCACUUACCGACGGUGGCUGGGAUGCCGCAGCCACUGGGUCCUCCAGCAUCUUCGACAAAUCCCUUCGUAGCUGCUUGGGAGGAGCCGGCGGCACAAUCAAAGCCCUAUCAGAACUGGUGA